AUGAAGGCCAGGAAUGGAGGCGAAGUGGCACGAAACACUAAAUGGGGAGUGGCAGGGCCGCCUGUCCCCUUAUUGAAGCGUGCUGGUUGGGCACCUCAGCCUUGGCCCCUACGCCCACACCAACUGGAGCGGGUAUACAGGCCCCACAUCCCUCCUCCUCACCCACCGCUCUUCCACACAAGGCAUGCGGAGGAAAGCGCCGAGCGGCCUCAUCUGGUCACUAUUGUCCGCCCAUGUAGUCAAAAUGGACUGCGGAAGGUGACGGUGCUGCUGAACCGCAGGGCUGUGGUGUCGUUUGAGCAGCUGCUCCUGGAUCUCUCAGAAGCGUUGGGGUUUCCUCGCUGGCACAGAGGAAGAGUCACUCGUCUGUACACGACACAUGCUCGAGAGGUAAAGGGUGUGUGUGAUUUCUUCUGUGGUGAAGUGGCCUUCUUGGCUCUCGGAAAGGCCCGCCCCGUGCUGAACAGUGUGCAGGAUGCUCUGGAGGAACUUUUUCCAGAACAUUCCCAUUACCGCGCCGAUGCCCUGCAGGUCUGGGAGAAGAAACUCCGGCCAGCGCCAGAUAAAGCUGCUAAAGCUGACAGUGGCUACAGCGAGGAGACGGAAAACACUGGGAAAAUACAAGAGACGCAACGAGACGCACAUACGCAUGUCAAGAAUCACACCAAAGCUCACACGUCUCAACAUGCAGACAAAAACCAGGAAGGACAGUAUAUUCCUGACUCCCAGAAGUCAGAUAAGAAGAAUUCUUGCAAAAAACCUGCUCACCUUCCAAACAACCUCCAGAAGUUGCGUGUUAGGGGAGAAGUGAAAGAGAGACAUCCAUCUCCUAUUGGUCCAUUCAAGCAUAAUGAGGUUCUCAGAGACACAAAUAUCCCCUCUCCUAUUCUGUGUGAAAACUGCUUGGCAACAAGGUCAAGACCUCUGGCUCCAGGACUGGUCAGUACUCUAUCAGGAAGGGUCCCACUCCCUCCCGUGUCAAAGAAGCAGAAAGGAAGCCAUCACACAGGCCAAGAGGUGAAACAGUCAGAUGUUUCUAUCAGCCCCUCGUCUCCUCAAGUCAGCAGAGACAAGGAGAAGAGCUCUGCACCAUCACAGCUUCUACGUCCAGCUCCACAUGUGGCCUCAGCUCACACAGAAACACAGCUCACAGAGAGCUGCGUCCUCCCCUGCGAGGGCACAGACCUCACGCUGGCUGACAUCGAGCGCUGCUAUGAAAUCGGCCGUUUGAUCGGAGAUGGGAACUUUGCCGUGGUGCGGGAGUGCCGUCGGCGUGACAACGGCCAACCCGUCGCUGUGAAGAUCGUGGAGCGCUCCAAGCUGGUUGGUCGAGAACACAUGAUGCAGAACGAGCUGAGCCUCCUCGGUAGUCUGAGUCACCCCCGUAUCGUGCGGCUGCUGGCCCACCACCACACCCAUACCCACUCCUACCUGGUGAUGGAGCUGGUGAGCGGAGGGGAUCUGUUCGAGGCCAUCAAUGACAAGGGAAAGUUUCUAGAGCCUGAGGCUGGACGGAUGGUUUCGGAUAUGAGCGAAGCACUGAACUACAUCCACUGCAGGAGCAUCGUCCACAGAGACCUAAAACCUGAGAAUUUACUGAUAGAGAAAGUAUCCGCUGGCAUCGGUCGGCUGAAGUUGGGGGACUUCGGCCUGGCUAUGGUGGUAACAGAACCGGUUUUCACCAUAUGUGGCACACCAACAUAUGUAGCCCCAGAGAUCCUCCGCGAAACAGGGUACGGUGUACCAGUGGAUGUUUGGGCUCUGGGGGUGAUUCUUUACAUCCUGCUGUGUGGCUUCGCCCCGUUCCGCAGCCGGGAUCGGGAUCAGGAGGAGCUCUUCAAGCUAAUAAAACACGCAGAACUUCAUUUCCCUUCGCCCUACUGGGACUCAAUCUCAGAAGAAGCUAAAGGUCUUGUCAGAUCUCUGCUUAAACCAGACCCCACAGUGAGGCUGACAGCAGAGCAGAUCCUCCAGCACCAUUGGGUGAAGGCUAUGGCUUCAGUCUGCAGCCAGAGGGCGCUCUCUGACAAAACUAAGAGGGACUCGGCAGAUAGUAAAACAGAACUGCACAGAGCAGCUGCAACAAAAGCAGCAGAAUCACUGGCGAAUCAAAUAGCAGGACACUCUGGCACCAAGAAGGAAAUAUCUCCCAGGAGACAUGAUGCAUUCACAACAAGAGGACAAGACCAGAACAAAACUCCACUGGUCCAAUCAGAAGACAUGAGCACCAUCGACAUUGUGGCUUCCCAGAAGAAGAAGCAAACACCUCUAUAUGAAACAGCUUGUCAAGAAAAACCAGAAACUAUCUCUGCAGAGCAGCACAGCAGGGAAAACAUUCAGGAUUCAGGUCAAAAGCUCUCAAAUGUGGACCUUUUUAAUCAAAGUGACUCCUCCAUAACUCAAACUGAGCCUUCAUCCCAGAAUAAACUGCAGUCCAAGCAUAACAGGGAACAGCAGUGACCAGUGGAUCCGACAGCUCUAACCAAACACCAACAAUAGCAAAUUGCUGAGAACAGCGUAAUUCAUCCCAGACCAGCAGCUGAUUCUUCAGCUCUGUCCUUCGGCACUAAAGCUCACACACUUCUACCCUGCAGCCGCCCUCCACAAAUAGACUGAAGACCAUACCAAGGCAAAUGGUCACAACACAUUCAAGCCCCAACUUGUCUGGGAUUUUUCUCUGUUUGAUUGUGUAAUUAGAUCAGGGUCAUCAUUUUUCUUGUUGCAAACAAUAGCCCUGAUUUUUUUUUUUUUUUUGUAAUUGAAGCUUUGGGUGACAGGCAGAUGAUGGGUUUUUACUUUCGUAGACUGAAUAGAGUCUGAUUGAUGAGAUUUGAUGCAUCUGAUAUACGUGCAUACGCCAUUUGUCCUGCAUUUUGGAACUAAUCAUGGGAUUUUGUGUUAUGACUAAGCCUCUGCCCAAACCCUGUGAAUGAAGCUUGUAAACAGGAAGCGUUUUAUAAGUUGUUUGAUUAUGUUAUUAGUACAGUUCUUACGUAUUUUUGUUUAUGUUUCUCUGCAAAUCAUUUGUAUCUUUUGUAAAUGAGAUCUCUACGGCUAGUAGCUAUUUUUAAUUACAUAAAAGUAUGAGUCUGUACACUUAUAGUUGGAUAAUUUGUCUUUUUACGAUUAUAUGAAUUUCCGAUUUAAAAUGAGUAAAUUUCACUUUAUCACCCUUUACAGUUGGUUUAUUGCAUAUUUUUUUAUAGUAAACCACUGCUGGUAUGACUUUACCGUAAUGACAUUCAUAAUGUCUAAAUGAAUGUGUAGUAAGGGGUUGUAAACAAUGUGGAGGGUUGGAACACACUGAGGACAGUGUGUGACCACAUUCAGCUACUGGAUAAACUUUCUGUGCAUACCUAUGAGGGGUACUGGUCCCUUGCCAUUCCACACACACCAAAUAAAGCCUAUCUCUCUGUCCAAUGAGGGCUGGUUAAUCCUGUCCCUCCCGAUUGCAGACAGCUGACACUCAGACAUCCUGCCCCACCCAACCCAAAGGACGUCCACAACCCCGCAACCCCCUUACCCAGGCCAGUCCACAUCCGCAACCUUUGUGGCUUCUAAGCUGUAUAUCUGGGGGCACUGAUGGACGGAUAGCGCUAAUAAAUGCCUAUGGUCAAGUGUCAGUGCUGUGGGCCAUGGGUAAUUAAAGCCUCUCUCAAAGAUCCUGCUGCUCUGGCUAAAUUAUUCAUGCUUACCCAAAACACACAUUCACAGAAUUCAUUCAAAUUAGCUGAAUUUUAUAGACUACAGCAAAACACCUUUAAUGGUGCAGUCCAGACACCAAAACACAAAUGAUGUGAUUUGGUUGUCACA